CCCAAAAGGCUUCUUGCUGUAGGUAUAAACCUCGAAACAGAGUCCUUCAGGAAACGGAAUUAUAUGUAGAUAAGAAGGAACAGAAACUGAUAAACUUCGAUUUGUGGUUGUGGGGGCCGCAAAAAUUCUAGAUUUUUGAAGAAGCCAUGAGGAAGAAACUCGACACUCGUUUCCCAGCCGCUAGGAUCAAGAAAAUUAUGCAAGCUGAUGAAGAUGUAGGGAAGAUUGCUAUGGCUGUACCUCUUCUAGUGUCUAAAUCUUUGGAGUUGUUUCUGCAAGAUCUUUGUGACCGAACGUAUGAGAUCACUCUUAAGAGGGGUGCAAAAACAGUUAACUCUUUGCACUUGAAACAAUGUGUGCAGAGCUUUAAUGUGUUUGACUUUCUGAGGGAUAUUGUGAGUAGGGUACCAGACCUAGGUGGUUCAGAAGCUGCUGCUGAGGGAUCUUCCGCUAGAAAAAGGAAGGCUAUUGAAGAUGAAGGGAACGACAGUGACAAUGAAGCCAAGAAGAGCCACGUGUCCGAGACUGGCCACACCAGUGGGAGAGGAAGGGGAAGAGGAAGAGGGAGAGGUCGUGGUAGAGCUAAUCGGACUUUGGAGAAAGAAUCAAUUUCUCAGCAUGAAAAGUAUGAAGACGACCUAGACAUUUCGCUACAAAAUGGUGACAAGAAAAGUAUAAAUAUCAAAAGAAUGGAUAAUGGAGCAAAUCCAGAUGAUACGAAAAUCUCUUUGGUUGCGCAAAAUGCCGAGGCACCAGUUCGAAAUUUUGAUCUUAAUGUGGACCUGAAUGAAAAUGCAGAUUCCGCAGCCAUACCAGCUGGAACCCCUUCUACCUCAUCGGCAAAGCCUCCUAUGGAGGUGAGGCCUGAAGAGUACCCUGGUUGGUCCCUUGCUGACAUGGAAUCGAUGGCUAUUGAUCCUGUUCAACUUGCUAAACUGAAUCAGAGGAUAGAGGAAGAAGAGGAAGAUUAUGAUGAAGAGGGAUAACUUGCUGCUGUCCUGCUUUUGAUAGUCAACAUGGAGUAGCAGGCAAGAUGAGCACGAGAGAGAAUGGACAACGUGACCUGACAAGUUUGGUUUCACUUAUAUCACACCAAGGAUCAAUUGUAUUGCAGAUUUUCACAGAGGGUGAGUAUUGGUUGAGUUGCAAGACUGCAUUUGGAAGACGCUUUGGCAACCUGGUUUGGUUGAAGUUGGAACCCAAAGAACAAGCGAAAUUAGAACCCAGCGGACAAGCGAAGAUAGAUCGCUUUCAACUAAAUUCAAGGACCUCAACAGUAGCACUUCAUCUGGACGUGCAUGUGAUGGAAUUACACUGAUAGGAAAUUGCAUUUUCUUGUUUGAAAUGCCCCCUGAACUGAUGCUUUUCGAAGUGCUUUAACCUGACGGGUUAUAAAUGGUGCAGAAGAAAGUUGUUGCCUUGAGUUUCACAUUGUUCUUCCUACUACUACAGACAGAAUUAGAGAAAUAGCAUUUGUUGGGCUUCAUUGAUCCCUGUAUUUGUAAAUUAAGUCUCAGAUUGAAUAUGGAUUUAUAAUCCUUCGAUGAGGAAGGAUUCAAGGUGACACAGCAAACAAAAACUUGUUACUGACUUCAAACAGCAAACCAACUUGCAGUCACUGCAAUUAUACUUCAUGUUUUAAUCGAUACAAACAGCUUUCCCCCAAAUACA